UUCCAAUUUUUCCUAUCCGCAUUGAAUUCAUCACAGGCUCAGUCUAUGUAGCAAAUGUGACUAUACAUACGACUGGUGAAGACAUACAGCUUACCGAUACGAUUGAAAGGCUAGGAAUCAAGGAAGGUGAUUUAGUCAAUGCAAUAUAUAGUAAAUGUGAAAAUUCAAUAAAACUUUCUAAAUUAGAGUUUUCAUCUACACCGAUUAAUGCAAAAAGUUUGAUGUUAAUCUACUUGAAAACACCUACUGAAAAAAUGGAACUGAAUGUGUAUUGGAGUGACACCAUCUUUCAAAUUAAAAACAUGAUCCAGGAUUCAAAGGGUAUUGCCACUGAUAAACAAUCCAUUAUAUUUAAUGACGAUGAAUUAGAUGACUUUUAUACCCUAUCAUAUUACAACAUCCAAAAAGAGUCCACACUAUAUCUAGAAUCUAAAGAAAUAAUUAUUUAUGUGAAAACAGAAACUGGUGAAAUAAUAGAACUUGGUUUAACAGCAAAUAACACUAUCUAUGAUAUUAAAUUAAUGAUUCAAAAUAAAAAAAAUAUUCUUCCUAUAUUAGUUUUUCUGGUAAUGAACAAGAUGAUUUUAGUACCCUAUCUUCUUGUAAAAUCAAAAAAGGGAAAAGAGUUACUUGAUCAGAACACCUUGUUAUAUUACAAUAUUCAAAAAGGAUCUACAUUGUAUUUAGAUUUUAAAAAAAUGAAGAUUUAUGUAAAAAUAAUGAACGAAACAAAAACUAUAGAGCUAAAAGCAAAAAGAGAUCAUACAAUUAAAGAAAUUAAACAAAUGAUCAAGGAUAAAAAAGGCAUUCCCUUGGAUCAGCAAUACCUUGUAUUUAAUAAUGAAAUACUAAAGUAUGACAAUUAUUCCUUGUCAUAUUACAAAGUCGAAGAAGAAUCUACAUUGCAUCUUGAAUUUAUUAAUAAAGCAAUAAUGAUCUACGUAAAGUUAAUAAAUGGAAAAACGACAAAGCUUGAAGUGAAUAGAGAUUAUUCCACUGAACAGGUUAUAAACAUGAUCAAAGACAAAGAAGGAAUUCCCUCUUAUCAACUUUAUUAUUUAACUUUUAAUGGCAAGAUAAUUGACACUUUUGAACAAAUUAAAUGGAAGAUCCAGGACAAAGAAGGAAUCCCACCUGAACAACAACGUCUCAUUUUUGCUGGCAUGCAAGUAGAAGAUGGCCGAAUGUUUGAAGAAACCAGUGGUCGCAAAGAAUUUGAUGCAUUACCACUACUUACGCAAUAUAUACUAACACCUGAAGAACGUCUACAAAAUGGAAUUCAUGCUGGUAUUGUCUGCAAUUAUUGUGGUAAAAGUGAAUGGAAAGGAAUGAGAUAUAAAUGUUCAGAAUGCCCUGAUUAUGACUUGUGUUUUAAUUGUAUCGCAAUGUCCAACCUACUUCAUAAUGUGCAACAUCAAUUUCUGAAACUCUUGAAUCUCUUAGAUCCGAAGAUAGUUUCAGAAAAUACCUCUAUUUCUUCUGUUAAUAUUAUCCCAAUAUUACCAGACACGAAGGAAAAAUUAUUAGCUCUACUACGCGAAGAAGACGAUCCUACAUGUGGCAAGGAUUGGAUGGAUGUUACUGAUCAGAUGCAGCUUGAGUUAGUUCGAGAGUUUGGAUACUCGGAUGAGGCUGUACAAUUGUUGCGACGUGCACACCACAGCUUUAUCCAGUUAAUAUUCUUUUCCUCACAUCCAGAUGAUCCUGAAUUCUGUACAACUCAAGUAUAUGUUCGCAACAAUAUUGCUAAUAUUGGAAAUCUUACUGAAGGAAUGUCUGCACCUGAUUGCCCAUUGGUUCCACUAGAAUCUUCUAACGAUAACAAUGAUUCAUCAACUUUUCUUUACGAUCACUUUGUAAACCAGGACGGCCUCUUGUUCUUCUUGGUGGAUCAUAUACUUAUUCGAGAAGCACAUGCCUCUGAUGUUUGGCCAAUUGGUAACAUUGUAGAUGUCAAGGAACAUCGUACAUUAUCUUAUCGUUUAACUGCUGCACGUGAAAUGGUUAAAAAUACUCAUUUAGAAAUUCCUGUUUUAGCUGAUACAAUGGAUAAUAAUUUCUUGAAAUUAUAUUCACCAUGGCCAUUCCGUUUUUUUGUCGUUGUAGAUGGUAUUUUAAAACUUGUCAGAAUGCCAAAAGAAGCACGUUAUGAUACAACAGAUCUAGUUGAAUGUUUAAAUAAUCUUUUAUGCAGCAAAAAGGACUAA